AUGCACUCUUGGACUUUCCGACUCAACGCUCUGUUCACCUUCACCGUGACAGUUCUUGCCUUUCUGUCUGCCCUGAACGCGCUCUCGGUUGCCUUCUACAAGCCUGUUCCCGUCGCAACCAUUGAAAAUGUCAAGUUGAAUCGCCUUCCUGGCUCAGGUCCCAAGAGGCCGAAUGCAGAAGCUCGAGUCAUGUUCGACAUGAGUGCAGAUCUGCGAUCCCUUUUCACGUGGAACACAAAGCUAGUCUUCCUCUACGUCACUGCCGAAUACAGCACGGAGCUGAAUCGCCUGAACCAAGUUGUCAUCUGGGAUUAUGUGAUUGAGAACGUCAAGGACGCUCAGCUGACUGUCGGAAAGUCACAAACUCUGCUGUUGCCCCGGCAUCACAACGAGUAUCCUCUAGUUGAUCAGGGUCGAGGCAUCCGAAGCUCUGCGGACAACGUCACUUUGUACCUCAACUGGUGUACCAUGCCGGUUGUGGGCUUCAUCUCUCGUCAGAGGGAGGGAAAGACGGAGUUCAAGUUCCCCGAGACGUGGGAGAAACUUGCUGCUGCUUCCAAGUGA